UCUCACUUCCCAGUCUGUCUCACAAUCUUUCAAUCCCCGGCCUGUCUCUCCUCCACACCUCCCAGGUCAUGCAGCCACCAGAGCCGUGCCCGGAGCGGAUCAAUGACUCUCAUGUGCCGGAGUUUGAGGCAAAGCUGGCGGUCAAGGUGGCCCUGAGUGUGGUCUAUGGUCUGAUCCUGGUGGCAGGUGUGUUGGGGAACGCAGCCACCAUCCGAGUGUGCUGGGCACUCCGGACCCGAGGGUACCUGCAGCCCCCUGUCUCGCGGCAUCUAGUGAGCCUGGCUUGUUCGGAUCUGCUGCUGCUCGGCCUGGGGCUGCCUGUCGAGCUGGUAUGGGGCAUAUGGCUGCCGUUCGCGGCCAGCCCGGGUGCUGUGGCCUGCAAGCUCUACUGCUUUGUGCUGGAGGCAUGCAGCUACUCCACCCUGCUGCAUGUAGCCACCCUCAGCCUGGAGCGCUACACAGCCGUGUGCCACCCACUGCGCCCCCUGUCUGGACCACGGACCACCACACUGUUCAUUUGUCUGGCGUGGCUCGCGUCUGCGUGUGUGGCCUGCCCACUGCUCUUCACCAUGGGGGCAGAGUACCCGCUAAACCCGGCAGACGGCUGGAGCUCCAACUGCACCGGCUCCCAGGGGCUCUCCAGCAACGUGACCAUGUGCACCAGUCUGGCCUCCCGCUGGACGGCUUUCCAGGCCAGCAUGUUCUCGGCCUCCGGAGUCUACCUGCUGGUAUUGGCCUCUGUGGCAUUUAUGUGUCGCAGGAUGAUGCUGGCCCUGCAAGUCACCGGUGUACCUGAGGUGAGGGUCCGGAGUGGCCGCGGCUCCGGGGAAGCCCACAUGAGCAGGAGCGGCAGCUCUCCAGAGGCCAAGGUGGCCAGAAAGCAGAGCAUCGUCUUCCUGGGUCUGAUUGUCGGAUCUCUUGCCCUCUGCUGGAUGCCUAAUCAGAUCCUGCGCAUCAUGGCCGCCAGUAUCCCGAAACACAACUGGACAGUCAGUUACUUCCGCACCUACAUCACCCUGCUCCCCAUAGCAGAUACCUUCUUCUACCUCAGCUCCGUGGCCAACCCCAUUUUAUACAGCCUCUCGUCCAAGCAGUUCCGAGAAGCCUUUGUGCAGGUUCUGCGAUGCCACUUGACUAUCGAACACGCCAACAAAGCCAGGUUCCUGCAAGUCCAAUUAAACUCCACUAAAAGCAGCACCAACUACAAACGUCCCCUAAUCUUCACAUCUUUAAGGCGAAGCUUUUCUUCAAACGUUGCCAAAGAAAAGUCAUUUAGCACGUUUCAGAGCGAGUCUGAUCCUUAUUGCACCACAACAAGUCUAACCUCAGCCAGCUCAAAGGUGGAACUGAAAGCUCCAGAGACGGAAGUUUGCGCCAACGGACUCUGUGAAAGUGAGAUCUGAGGCCGUGGAGCAGGAGGAAUGUCAAACGUAUCAUGGGAUACAU